UUCACUGACCAGACUUCCGGGCUCCUUAUUAGAGGAACACACGUGAACAUGUCAGACUUCAGUACGUGGUUCACUCACACCUUUCUCAGUAACAGUGUGUGGUAAAGCGACGCCGGACGACUUUUAAAGCUCAGUUUUUUCAAAAGAAGCGUCUCAGCCAUGUCGGGCGCGUUAGCACGGCUGCUCUUCUACCCGACUUUAACCUUCAACGUUGUCAUGGAGAAAGUUCUCAGACGCUGGUUUGACCGAGUGGACGACACCGUGAUCCUGGGAGCGCUGCCGUUCAGAUCCAUGACUAAACAGCUGGUAGAAGCAGAAAACGUUCGAGGUGUCAUCACCAUGAACGAGAUGUAUGAAACCAAAUAUUUCUGCAACUCGGCCGAGGAGUGGCAGGCUGCAGGUGUGGAGCAGCUGAGGUUGAGCACCGUUGAUCUCACCGGCGUUCCCACUCUGGAGAAUCUGCACCGAGGAGUGGAGUUCGCCCUGAAGCACCGAGAGCAGGGGAGCAGCGUGUACGUCCACUGCAAGGCCGGACGCUCCCGCAGCGCGACGCUGGCUGCUGCGUACCUCAUCCGGUUACACUGCUGGACUCCUGAGGAGGCCGUUCAGAACCUGGCGUCUGUUCGGCCGCACGUCCUGGUGCGCUCGGCUCAGCUGGAGAUGCUGAGGAGAUACUACCAGCAGGUGUGCGGAGAGUCCAGCUGAGAGAGCAGAGCAGAGGGUCCGACCUCGUUAUGAUCUCAGCUGGCAAAGUGGACUCAGAGCCUUUUGUUUUUUUUUCAGUUGACAAAUCCUCCACGUUAUUGUGUUCAGUCACUGAAGACAAAAUGCCAAAACUAGUCGUUUUUUUUUCCUACAAAAUUAUGAAAUCUCAAGAGCUUUACUGGAGAAUGGCUGACAUCGAUUCAAAUCAAAUCCGGCCCCGUGUCCAACUAGCGUUUUUUUUUCUUAGCGUCUUUUUCAAUUGUUUUUUAAUGAAGUGUGAGCGUUCACAGCAACAGCGGCUGCCCAGAGAAAAGACUCAACGGCCAGCGUUUUUUUUUCUGCCUAUUUGUGAGGCUGCCCUGACCUCUUUGAGUUGAAUUCUUUUUGUACUUCUCAGAAAUAUGCUGUUCACGUCACUGGUGCUCUUUUUUAAAAUAUAAAAUAUUCCCCAUAGAAUCGUGCCUCGUAUCCACAUCCUCUUUACUCCGCGUCUGAUCGGGGGAAAAAACGAUCUCAGAUAUAAAACAUGCGGUAAAAAGUAACGGAGCAGUGUCGGUCGUACAGCUGUCAUUGUCAACAGACUGUUGUCAUGGAGACAGGAAGGACGUGCAGCGCUUUUCUUCUCAGCGCACAAAUGCUUCUUGCACAGCCAGCGCUCUUCUGCCUGGAAAAACGCUGGGUGGACGCGGCGCCUCAGCUAGCAAAGGAAAGUCAUUUUCUACCAGCAAUGUUCUAAAAGAUUUGUUUCAAUCUGUCAUCAUACAAAAGUUCAACUUCUCCAUUUCCUGCUUGCUGCUGGAACUCAUUUCCUCUAAGUCUGUAAUUCUUAAAACUCAAACUACAUUCAGGAAUGUUUCAAGUUAACACUCGGAAAGUUCUCCUGACCUCUGACCCCUCUGAGUGUUUGCUUAGCCAAGCUAGCCUUAGCUCUGUUUCAGACUCAAAUCCUUUGCAAUGCCGACUGUGAUGAAAACAUGAAUAAAUAAAUAGACGUGUUGCAAACUGGCUGAAUUCAGACUUCAGUGGUUCUGGAGGACGAUACUUCAGUUCAUGUUUCUGCUAUGAAAAAGUUACUUUUUAUAAAUAUUGUAUUUCCAGAGGUCAGAUUCUGGUGUUUCCUCGUACAUUUAAAAACAUUGAAAAUUAUUUGAAAUAAAAUAUUUGUGAAAUAAAUACAGUCUAAUGGC